ACAGGGCACCCCCUAUCAUCGCCCCUGCUCCCUCACAUCAUGUGGUGUAACUCAUGCUCUGCACAGCGGCGCCACCUGCUGUCACGGUGCCGGUCAUCACAGCCCCGGUGUGCGGGGCCGUGCAGCCGGGCUGCAGCACCGGAGCGAGGCCGCUGGGCGGCAGCCGACGUCGACGACAGACUGGCAGUCUGCAGGCAAAGAUGGCGGUACGGAAGAAAGACGGCGGCCCGAAUGUGAAAUAUUUCGAAGCGUCUGACACCGUUUCUCAGUUUGAUAAUGUCCGCGUCUGGCUGGGGAAGAAUUACAAAAAGUACAUCCAGGCUGAGCCCCCCACCAACAAGUCUCUGUCCAGCCUGGUGGUCCAGCUGCUCCAGUUCCAGGAGGAGGUGUUCGGCCGACAUGUCAGCAACCCGCCACUCACCAAGCUGCCAAUGAAGUGUUUUCUGGACUUCAAGUCAGGAGGGGCUCUCUGCCACAUCCUGGCUGCCGCCUACAAGUUCAAGAGCGACCAAGGAUGGCGCAGGUUUGACUUCCAGAAUCCGUCGAGGAUGGACCGAAAUGUGGAGAUGUUCAUGACGAUCGAGAAGUCCUUAGUGCAGAACAACUGCCUGACAAGACCCGUCAUCUACCUGAGCCCUGAUAUCGAGCCGAAGCUGCUCGGGAAACUGAAAGACAUCAUCAAAAGACAUCAGGGCUCAGUAACUGAAGACAAGGCCUCCAGCUCCCAUGUUGUCGUCCCCAUUCCCACGAGCCUGGAGGAGGAGGAGUGGGUGCGUCCCGUGAUGAAGAGAGAUAAGCAAGUGCUGCUCCACUGGGGAUAUUUUCCCGACAGUUAUGAUACCUGGAUUCCAGCCAGCGAGGUCGAAGCUGCUGUGGAGGAUCCUCCCAGCCCGGAAAAGCCCAGGAAGGUCCACGCAAAGUGGAUUUUAGACCUGGAUCAGUAUAACGAGUGGAUGAACGAGGAGGACUAUGAAGUGGGCGAGGGCUGUCCUAAGAGGAAGCGGAUCUCAGCCAAGACCCUGACAGACGAGGUGACCACACCUGACGAGCGGAGAGACAAGAAGCCCGGCAGCGCGAAGAAGAGGAAGCGCUCGCCGUCACCUUCUCCCACCCCUCCGCCUCAGGAGAGCAAGAAGAAAAACACCAAAAAAGGGCCAACGACUCCGUACACCAAGUCUAAACGGGGCCAGAGGGAGGAGGAACAGGAGGAUCUUAGUAAGGACAUGGAUGAAGCAUCGCCUGUUCCGGCAUCUGAAGAGGGAAACCCUGCAAAGACAAACAACACCAAGAAAGACUCUGAUUCAACUCCAGUCAAGGGAGGAACAGAUAUGGACGAGCAAGAGGAUGAGUCCAUGGAAACAACGGGCAAGGAGGAGGAGGAAGGCUCUCCGAGUGUGAAGGGUGAACCGGUGAAAGGGUCGGACCUUCACGAGGACAACGUGACCGAGCAAACUCAUCACAUUAUUAUACCGAGCUACGCCGCCUGGUUCGACUACAACAGUGUUCAUGCCAUUGAGCGCAGAGCCCUGCCAGAGUUCUUCAAUGGAAAGAAUAAAUCCAAAACUCCUGAGAUUUACCUGGCUUACAGGAACUUCAUGAUCGACACCUACCGGCUGAACCCUCAAGAGUACCUGACCUCCACCGCCUGCCGCAGGAACCUGGCAGGAGACGUGUGUGCAAUCAUGAGAGUCCACGCCUUCCUGGAGCAGUGGGGUCUGAUCAACUACCAGGUGGACUCUGAGAGCCGGCCCACACCCAUGGGUCCCCCACCCACCUCUCAUUUCCAUGUCUUGGCAGACACUCCAUCCAGCCUGGUGCCCCUCCAGCCCAAGACAUCCCAGCCACAUACACACACACACACACACAGACAAAAAGACACAUGCAAAAAAAUUCUGGGUCGUUUUAAACAUUUGUCUGUCACUGUGUGCUCACAGACCCCUGCUACCCAGCAGAUGAUGUCCUUCCCAGAUAAAGUGAAGGAUAAACCAGCAGAUCUGCAAAACUUUGGCCUGCGGACUGACAUGUACAGCAAGAAGACCAGCUCCGUAAAGAGCAAGAGUACAGCGAGCUCCAUGAGGGACUGGACAGAGCAAGAAACACUACUACUACUCGAGGGUUUGGAGAUGUACAAGGACGACUGGAACAAGGUUUCAGAACACGUGGGCAGCCGUACGCAAGACGAGUGCAUCCUGCACUUCCUGCGGCUGCCCAUCGAAGACCCUUACUUAGAGGACAACUCCUCAUCCCUGGGACCGCUGGCCUACCAGCCGAUACCUUUCAGCCAAGCGGGAAACCCAGUCAUGAGCACGGUGGCCUUCCUCGCCUCUGUCGUCGACCCGCGCGUGGCUUCGGCUGCAGCCAAAUCUGCUCUGGAGGAGUUUUCUCGUAUGAAGGAGGAAGUCCCUGCAGCGCUUGUCGAGGCCCAUGUGCGGCGGGUGGAGGAGGCGGCGAGGGUCAGUGGCCGACAGGAUCCGCUGUAUGGACUGGAGGGAAGUGGCAUCGCAGGCACUGGCCUGGAGGAAGGAGACAGACCUGAUGAAAACAGCGAUGAAAGCAAAAACGACGGCCAGUCGAACGAAGAGAAGAGAGAGGCGAAGGAGAACAAAGAUGGAGCGAUUGAGGAAGAGGAGAAGCAGGCGGAGAACGGCAAGAAGGAGGAAGAAAGAGGACGAGAAGAAGGAGAGAGGGAGGCGGACAAAACAGAGUCCGAGAUGGGCGAUGGGGAGAAGGAGAAGGAUGGAAAAGAGGGCACAGAGGAGGGACAGAGAGAAGCAGAGAGUGAAGGAGAAAGGAAAGCUAAGGUGGAGCGUGACGUGGGAGAGGGGAACCUGGCCACCGCUGCUGCGUCUGCGCUCGCCGCUGCUGCCGUCAAGGCCAAGCACCUCGCCGCAGUGGAAGAGAGGAAGAUCAAAUCUCUCGUGGCUCUGCUGGUGGAGACCCAGAUGAAGAAGCUGGAGAUUAAACUGCGACACUUUGAAGAACUGGAAACUAUCAUGGACAGAGAGAGGGAGGCUUUGGAGUAUCAGCGUCAGCAGCUGCUGGCUGACCGUCAGUCCUUCCACAUGGAGCAGUUGAAAUACGCUGAGAUGAGAGCCCGCCAGCAGCACUUCCAGCAGAUCCAGCACCAGCAGCACAGUCAGGCGGGGGGUCCUCAUUCCAAUCAGGCCGUCGCCGGCCCACCACCGCAGGGCCCGACUGCGACUCAGCCAGCUCCCAGCACACCAGCGCCGCAGCCGGCCCCCAGCCCCGCACCUCCGGCCACCUCUGCCCCGGCUCCUGAGUCCCAACCACCUCAGGGUCAGGCUCACACCUCGCCCCCCUGCCCUCCAGGCCAGACCCCAGCUGCCCACUCCAGCUCCAGCACUACUCCUGUACUCCAUGAGCCCACCGCCCCUCUUCCCGGGGAAACACUCCACCCCUCGGCUCCGGUCCCACCUCCGCAGUGAGAGAAAAAUAAAUUGCCAGAGAAUCUGAUUGACUCUGACCACUUUGAAUCCUGCCUGUUAUCAUCUGAAAAUGAAGAAGAAGAAGUCAUAAACCGAAGGAAGAGAACACAUUUUACAUGUUCAGCUUUUUUGGGUUUUUUUGUGUAUUUGUUUUUGUUUUUUUCCCCCAACAGGACAACUGAUGUGAGGAAGAAAAAAAAAAUUAUGUCUAAAUCAGAACCGCCUCUACUCUGACUAAAAAAAACCAAGCCCCCCUUUUUCCAAUUGAAGAAAACGUACUUUCCUGAACAGAAGCUGUUUGUGCUGUGUGGUCGACUGGACAGCAACAUCUCACUUCAUAUUUUUUAAGCUUGACACCAGAGAUCUGGUAAACUAAGAGGGUCUUACCGACAUGCUGGCACUCAAGGAGACGAAGAGAAAAGACUCAUCUUGUGUUUUUAAGUGUUUUGGAAAUUUAUUUUCUGCAAUGGUUUUUAUCACAGCUUGUGAAGCCUCAUGUUUCAUAAUCUCUCCCUCCUCCUCCUCCUCUCCUGUACUGUAGGUACUAAUUGAAAUAUAUGUAAGACAAAAAAAUGCACUUUUAACAUGUUACCCUAGGUCUCACUGAAAGACUUGAAGCAUCCAUGAAAUUGAACUCUAGCACUUAUAUCGUCCUUUUGUUGUCUUAAAUACUUCUUCAUACAGAAGGCUUCGGAAAACUUGAUUCAGGAAAAUUACUUUUUCCUUCUAUUUUAUCCUAUUACAUGGACAAACGGUCACUCCACAGGCUCUGGCCUAAAGGUCACAUGCCUAAAAUCAACGUCUCUCUCGCUCUCUAGAGAGAAAUGUCCGUAAAGGUUCAAAUCAGAAGCCAGGUGGAAAUUACAAUAAGUUGGUUUGGAUGCAGUUUGAGAAAAUGUACUGUAAACUGGAUUUCCUGUUACAAAGACAGCUUUUGUUGCCCUGUAAUGAUAAUAUUUGAAAGUACUGACAGCAUGAGAUCAUCAUCCUGAAGAGACUUCUCUUUAAAUAUAACUUAAUAAUGUCCCUCCUUUCAACAGCACUUAGAGAGAGAGAAAAAAAACCUGUCAGUGAGGAGCUUCAUGUUUUUGCAAAUCUAGAUGAACUCAUCCAGGUUGUAGUUUUAUGAGGAAUGUAGUUUUGUGUGACUGAAAAAAAAAAAGACAGUCUGGGAAUAAUAAUUCCAACCAGCGACCACAUAUGUGUUACAUCCAUAAUUUGUGUUACUUGCUAAACCAAAAUGUUUUUUAUAAUCAUGUUUAUCUCACAUUUUAUUCGGUGAGUUUUUAUUGCAGUUGCUUGUGAAAUUAUGAGGAUUUUUUAGCAGCUUGUUUUUUUCCGCUGGUGCAUUUCAAAGUUACACAUGAAGAAGAAAUGUUUAAAGCUGUCGAAAAACAAGGGAGCUCGCACCUUAAACGGCUGACAAUGAAGAAUUGUGUCCUUAAUAUCUGCAACAAUAUCCUCACUUUUUAUCCUAUCGAUUUUUAUAUUUUUUACUGUCCGUUUUUUCCAUCUUCUUUCUUUGAUAUGUCAACAUUGUAACUGUAUAUUAUUACCUUUGUAGCCUAUAUUUACCCUCUCCACUGUUGUGUAUGAUUCAGGCGGGUCCGUCGGGACCUGCGUGAGAUGUGACUGUGAGCAUGUGUGUAUGUGAACGCAUGCCAUGAAAAAUCUGUAAAACCACAUUACCAGUUCAGUUUUAUUUUCAGUGCCAUUUGCUGUGCGUGUCACAAAGUUUGAAGGAGAUGAAAAAAGAAAAAAAAAAACAUGCUUCAUUCUGCACACGACGGCACGUCACAUCAGUGUCAUGAAAUAUAAUCCAGUCAGAUGGUGAAACUUUAGAGUUAAUGUCCGUUAAGCCAGUAUUGCAGACCUCACCACAGUCGUGAGCAUAAAUGGACUUCUUUUAUCUGUGUUAUUACUACAUUAUGUGGAUUUUGUGAUAUGAAAUAAGUGUCUGUUCAGUUUCUGUAUGUUUUUCACUAUGCUGAAGGUAGCAGCAGUUGCAUUGAUUAUUAUUAUACAGUAGAUAUCAAUUUUUUCCUCAGUAAAAUCAUCACAUUAGUGCUGGCAGUUACUCUGGCAGUUUGUAUUAAAAAAAAAAGGCAAAAGUUCAGGUUUUAAUUACAAAAUGUUGGGGAAAAAAUAAAGAUGUGAAGACGAGUCGUGUAGAGUGGUUUGGUUUGUGUCAACUUCACAGGCAAUUAAGUACCAAACACAGAAAUGAAUGGCAAAACCUCUAUUUUAUACAGUAUUCAUAUGGUGUUUUCAUGUCAAUUAUAUGG